CGCCCCGCGGCUCGGGAGCGCGCGCGCGCGCGUGCGGGAGGGGGCGGGUGGGGAAGGAUCGCCGGCGAGAUCCUGAGGCGAGGCUCGCGCGCCCGCCCCCGCCCUGGCCCCCAGCGCCCACCCGGUCGGCCCGGCUCAGCCAUGAUCAAGGCGAUCCUCAUCUUCAACAACCACGGGAAGCCGCGGCUGGUCCGCUUCUACCAGCGUUUCAGUGAAGAUACACAACAGCAAAUCAUCAGGGAGACAUUCCAUUUGGUAUCUAAGAGAGACGAAAAUGUUUGUAAUUUCCUAGAAGGAGGAUUGUUAAUUGGAGGAUCUGACAACAAACUGAUUUAUAGACAUUAUGCAACGUUAUAUUUUGUCUUCUGUGUGGAUUCUUCGGAAAGCGAACUUGGCAUUUUAGAUCUAAUUCAAGUAUUUGUGGAAACAUUAGACAAGUGUUUUGAAAAUGUCUGUGAACUGGAUUUAAUUUUCCAUGUAGACAAGGUUCACAAUAUUCUUGCAGAAAUGGUGAUGGGGGGAAUGGUAUUGGAGACCAACAUGAAUGAGAUUGUGACUCAAAUUGAUGCACAAAACAAACUGGAGAAAUCUGAGACCUUUAUCUUUCAAUCUCCCAGACAGGACAGGUAGACAAGGUAUUGCUGACUUUGAGAAAACUGUACUUUAACAAAGGGAAAGCAAAAUGAUGUCAAAGGCAAUUAAUUAUUUAGGCCAGACUCAAAAAUUCUUUGUGUUAAUGAACCCAUGUAGUCCCUGUAGCCUAUUUUUCAUUCUAGUUUCUCCUUGUAGUUCCUUCAUCUUUUAUUAGACUUACUGUAUUUUACUAGUGUUUCAUUGAUGUCAUGUUUGUUCUGUUUUGUCUGCCUGCAUUGUAAAAGGAAAGUUUAAAUUUUUUGUUCUUUUUUUUAAACAUCGUCAUUUAACUGACAAAUUACGUUUGUAGAAACGACAUUUUACUUUGUAUAUAAAAAUGUAGAGUUUAUUUCAAAAAUCAUAUGGUAAAAUUAAUCUCAAUUUAACUCUCACAGAUAGGUUUUUUCCCAUCUUUCUCAAUUAGGAUUCUAACAUAAAAUUGCCUGCUGGGUUUUGGAAGCUGUGAAUUUGAAAACCAAAAGCUGAAACUUUAGAGUUUUGCAUACAAAAUGAGAAGCAAUGAAGGCUUAGAAUAGUGACUUAAAUAGUACUUUCCCCCCCACAUAAUGGUUUUCAGUUUCAAAGUCUUAACAGAAUUGCUUUUAUGGUUUUGACUAACAAGGGCAUAUUAAAAGUGGCCAACAAAAAGUAUAAGUUAACAAAUCUUCUAAAAUUGAAUUAAAAGUUCUAAAAAUUGGAAUUAAAUAUUUUGACCAAAAUAAAAUGGAUUUCCAGGGUAGCAACCUUCUGACAUCCAAAUACCAUAGUUAAGUAAGACUCAGUAAAAUAUUGUUAACCUUGGACAUUUUUAUAAAGCAUAUUGCCUCAUAUUGAAAAUGUUUUUAAUAGACUCCUAGCUUUAUAAAACUAAAUUUUCCCUGGCAUUUCCUAUGCCUUUUUUUUCACACCCUAAGUUAAUUGUGUAAAUUAUUUUUAAAAAAAUUUCAAUCUAAAUGGUGAUGAACAUUUUUUUUUGUACAAAGCUGUACCAAAAUGAAAAAUGAAAAUGCUUAUAGGCCUCCAUUCAGAAAUUUCGAAGUGAAAACCCUUUAUUGAGUCCCAAAGAGGAAAAAAAAGUCUGUAAAUUCAACAAGUUGAAUUACCCACUUUACUAAUUAGAAAACUGCCUCUGAGGGGCUCCUGGGUGGCACAGCGGUUAAGCAUCAGGGCGUGAUCCCGGCUUUAUGGGAUUGAGCCCCACAUCAGGCUUCUCCACUAUGAGCCUGCUUCUUCCUCUCCCGCUCCCCCUGCCUGUGUUCCCUCUCUCGCUGGCUGUCUGUAUCUCUGUCAAAUAAAUAAAUAAAAUCUUUAAAAAGAAAGAAAGAAAGAAAGAAAAAUGCCUCUGAGAAUUUGGCAUUGCUUUUUAGCCACUAAAGUAUUACUUUCUGGGUAUGUUUGAGAAGCGGCAACAUACAGGUGGCUUUUUAAUUUCUUGUCCCAAGAUGGUAGGCUCUGUCCUGAAGCUGGGAGUACCACUUGUGGUCCUUAGAGCUGUAUUACUUUACCCCUGGAAUAGAAAAUACGUAAUUGUUUCCUUUAUUCCACUGAUCCAAAUCACUGCCAGUUUCUGUGUUCUAGUAUUUAAUUUCUGUUAAAUUGUCAUUUUCUAGCAAAGAACCACUUGGGUCUUUAACUUCCAUCACUAGAAUUAGUAAUUAGCUUUCUUCUUCUUUUUUUAAACCAAAUAUCUAUUUUCAAGGAGCAGAGAUAAGAAAAGUGGCCCUAAUACAAUGAUGCUAGGAAGUCAGCUUGUGAAUUGGUUCUGCUUCUUACCUUGACAUGCAGUUUACUCUGUUCUACAAAAUUAUGGUGAGGACCCCCGAGUUCACUUGUAAUGGUUGGAAUUAGUCACAUUAAAUCCAUGAAUUGGGCAUUGGUCUGCUGUAUUACACAGGCAAAUGCUAUGCUAGAAAUUAAAACUAUAACUGAAGAUUAUAUUAAAUGGAUUAUAUAAUUUGGAAGGCUUUUACAUUUUUAAAUAUUCUAAUUUUGAUAAAAAAAUUUUUUAUAAAAUGUUGUAGUUCUUACUCACUAGAGGGUUGUCAUUAGCAUUUCUAACCUGUUUGUUUAUAAUUGGAAUAUUAAAGCACUGCCUUUAAAGCAAGGAGCAAGCCUAUUACAGAUUCCCAGAUUAAGUUAUUCUCCCUUACAUUUAGAAAUUAAAAUAUUGAAUUUUUUGUUUUGCUCAAAACAUGCAUUCAAAAGCUGCCAUUAUUUUGUUAAUGAUUUUGAGUCUGAAACCAUUUAAUACUGUGUUUAUUAAUGUUGAUGUUCUUUCACUUUGCUGUUAGGUCAAAAUUAUUAAUGUGCAUAUAGCAACUUCCAGCAGGAAGGGUGGGUAAAGGUUUUAGUAUGUACAAAUUAUUCCCACUACCAUCUUACUCUGUAUUUCAAGCUUGAAAAAAUAUUUUAAGAUGGUAGGAUAGUAUUUUAUGUCUUAGAUGAAAUAAAUAUCUAGAUUGUUUCCUUUUCCCUUCGAGAAAGCUAAUUGCUUAUUGCAUGAGGAAAAGGGAGCCUUCCGAUUUGAAAUAUAUUUUAGUAAUGCUGCUUUUUCACUUUUGCUUGCACAUAUUUUGUUUAUUUUUGGGUCUGGCAAUUUAAAAACAAAAUCAAAACCAAAUCAUAUCCAUCCAUUACUAUCUUUGUGAUUCAAGUGCUUGAAAUUUCCGAGAGUAUGUCUGUAUAAGUCUUCUAUCUGUUUGGCCUCAUUUUGGUAUACUUGCAGACUUCAUUUUGUUUUCUUUCUCUUAAUUCUGUUGAUUUAUUUAAUCUCAUGGGAGAGAAAACAUGACCAUUCUUUUAUAUACUGUACUUCAUUCUUUCAUCCAAUUCAUACUCUUAACUGCUUUGGAUCCAUAUAUUUAUUUUUGUUAGUGGAGUUGCUGCAGUUUACCUGCCAUGGUGAUGCUCGAGUAUAACAACACAGAUGGAAACAAGUUAUUUCUCCAGUAGGGUUUCAUUUUUAUUUCUGCUUUGUGUCAGCUGUGUAAUCUUAAAUCUUUAAGAGCUAUGAUGUACUGUCAGAAAUAUCUUAAUUUUACAUUUUAAAUUUUACAUACUACUAACAAGUCAGGUAAGCUUAAUUUCUGUAAAUUAGCGUUCAAAAAAAAAAGAAUUAGUAAAAGCUAUCUUGUUGCUUUGAAUGUAUCUUACUGAAAAAAAAAAACUUAACUAAGUUGAAAAUUAUUUUAUACCCCUCUGUUGGCAAACUGAUCUCCUAAUGGCAAAUCACCUCUUUUACAUUUUAUUCUUUCAUAAAAAUGUUUCAGACUUCACUUUCAUGGAAGUCUGAAAAUGAAAUUUGUUUUAUAGCAGUUCUGGUGUUGACUACCUGAGAAGUCUUUUAUUUUUAAGCUUAAGUUUUUAUAUAUAGAUAGCUCAUUUAAGCAUCUACUUAUGGGUCAGCAGUUCUUUUUAUAUUUUUUUAUAUUUUAUAUUCUGCAAAAUCCGAUUUCUUAAAGUGUUAGUUUAAUUAAAAAUUGAAGUACACAUCACAACUUUUUUAUUUCCUACCAUUUAAAUUCCUGACAAAAGUAUUGAACAUGCUUGAGAAAUAAUUUGAUUCUCUUAAUUCAUUUGCGUGUUCUGAAUAGUUGCCAUCCUUUGCAUGUCUAUGGCUUGCUGCUUAUGUUUAGAGGAAUUGUAGUUUGUUGUACUUAGAAACUUAUUUUGGUUUUACAUAAUAAGAACUUGGCACAUAUAUGCUAUUUAAAUCAAUUGCUAUAUUGACUUUAUGUAUUCUUAUUAGCAGCCAACAGUCAACACCAUCUUUGGUCACAAAGAAACGACUUAAUCUAAAGAAAUUUAACAGGAUGCAUUUUUAUUCUCAUUUUCUUUGCACAAGUUCAGUUUAGCUGUUCAUGGUACAGGGUAUUACGGAAAGAAGCCUUCUUGAUAAUGACAUUUAAUUCAAUGCUAAAAAAAUUAUUUUUACUGUUUAUAAAAGUAAAAUCAUAGCAUCCAGUAAAACAUAUAUACGCAUCUACCUUCUCUCUCUCUCUUUCUCAAUAAUAAAAAUCCUCUAAUAAUUCAUGCCUUUUAAAAUAUUUGUAUUCACAUAUCUUAUCAAUACUUUUUAUAGUCUGCUUAUCAUUUGUACCCUGUAUAGACUCAUCCAAGUAAAAAUAGUGGCAAAUUGGUUUUUUAAUUAGAAAAAUUACAAAAUUCUUCUACCUGGAAAACUGAUACCAGUUCCAGGAUGUCUGUAAUUUUGUAAAAUAAUUUUUGUUGCUUGGCCAACAACAUACUUUUGGGUAAAAGGAAGAGAGCUUUGACAAGAUGGUAAAGCUCUUUGAACUGGAUCCUUCUUUGAUCCUAAGCCAUUCUAAAUUUUGGUAGCUAGAUGUUGAACUUGAAAUAAUCAGGUUAAGGACCCUUUUGAAUAUGAUUCAUGCUACCCUAAACAGUAUUUAUUCCUAUCUCCAACAUCUUUGGGGGGUAUUAAAGUAACUGCAUUGCUUCAGGUAGGUAUAAAUGUAGGGGUCAAUCAAAAACAACUUACUUCCAUUCAAUUAUAAAAAUUAAAUACUCCAGCCCUGUUCAUUCUUUAAUUGGAUAUGGAGUGUUUCAUUUAUAUCAUUGCCUGUGUGGACCAUACCUACUAUUAAUACUAUUUUACUGAUUUUUCUAUUAUUUCCAAUUCUGACUUGAUAAUCCGUGGCUUUUACUUCAUUGCUUAACAAUGUUUGUAUCCUUUAUUCAGCAAAUAGUUUACACUGGCCUAUUUUGUAUCAGUCCAAGAUUUUUCUCAGGUAACAGCUUUAUUAUUAUUAUUAUUUUAAUUAAAAAAGAGGUAGGAUUACAUAAGAGAAAAAAACCUAAAAUUUCAAAAAGGGACAUUAAAACUAGUAAUUCUAAUUACACAGACAUUGCCUCAUAUAUGUGAUCUAAGCAAAGUGGAAGAUUUGUUUUUGUUACCUAAUUGUCUGCUUUUGUCAAGAUGAUGUAUGCCACUGAAUUCAGAUGUGUUUGUUGGCUUUAUUAUAUCACCUGAAUAAAAAUUGAUGAAAUCUAAAUCUAACUUAAACCAUAAAAGUAUGAAGACUGUUGUAGCUAUUUGAGACAGAUGAUAAAUAUGCAUUUUUCUUUUAUUUUUGCUCAUAUUUUCUUUCAAAAUUAUUUCACAAAUUAUAAAUUUUCCUAUAAAAUGAAAGUGAAAUAUUGUACACUAAUGCUACUAGAAGUCUUAAAAUUCAUUUAUUUAAUAUAAAAUAAAUAGUACCUUUUGCAUUUAUGCUAUUCUUUCUCCAAAUUUGUAUAUUGUAAGCUGAACAUAUGUUGUUGGAUCUACUUUAUGUGACAAAGUAUUUUUAAUCAUUAUAUUUUUUCUAACGCAUCAAAGGUUGGAAAGAUCCUUUUGUUGCAGUUUCAUUUUUAGGCAGAACAUCUUCUCUUUGGACUGAGGCUUUACUUUAAAAGCCUGAUUUUUUUUUUCUGAGUGUUUUAGAAUUCCCUAGAAAAGUUUAGAAGAGCCUCCACAAUUCAAAUAAUUUUUUAAAAAGUUUGUUUUGAAGUGUUUUAAGGGUUUGGCCCUAAGUAAAGAAACUAAACAAGUAUGAUCUGUUACUUCCAGUUUUUAUUUCAUAGCAUAUUUUGAUAAUAAAUGCUGUUUCAAAAGCAAAAAAAAACAAAUCUAUCAUGAUUGUUGCAAGAGAUGUUUAAAAAGGAAACUAAUAUAAAAUAUGCUUUGUGCUUGUAUCAUAAGUCAGUAAGUCAGGAUGUAGGUGAAGGUCUACUUUUUGUCAUUUGCAUAUUGGAUGUGAUCUCUAAGUAGUACAGGCUAAUUUGUAUCUAAAUUUUUCCGUUCUUAUCAUUGCAUGUAUUCACUGUAUUUUUUAAUGUGUCAACUGUUUUCUCUUUAUAGAUUAGAAUUUCGAAGUAACCAUCCCAUACCAAUUCAAACUACCAUCUGGUCUCUAAGCUUGUUAUAUGAAAAUCUUUUAUCAUUGUCCUCCAUUUUUAGUGUUUUUUGAUGAGCUACACCUGAGUUGUACAUUUUCUUUUUCUUUUAUUUGCCUCUG